AUGACGGCGCUUCCGGCACCGACCUUGGUGUGCUACCGGGUGGCGCACAGCUGGGCCCUUCGCGUCAAGUGGCCAGCGGACGACGCGCCAUUCGACUCGAUCGCGAUCGACGUCACUGGCUGCUUCAGUCGCCCGCCCGUCGACGGCGCAUGGAAGGCCGACGACAUCGUGCUUGAGACGCACUGGAUCGAGGACCUCGAGAGACAUCGCAGUGGGCCUUGGUACGUGGUCGAGCUGCCACUCUCGUUGUCGCCAUCUUAUCGCCGACCGCUCGUCGGCUACGUCGUCCAGCUGCGCGCCCUAUCUCUUACAGGUCCAUGCUCGCAGUUUCUCCGGCGCAUCGAGAUGCCGGCCGAUACGACCAAGGACGUUGUGCUCGCCGCGCGGCGCACGGGUCUCCGCACCCUCUUGGAGCUUGUGCAGCACUACGCGCUGGACGCUAACGUGGCGAGUCGCAGUGCCAGCGCCAUUGUGUAUCUCUUGCGUCAAAGCGGUGACGACAACGACGUCAGCAGCGACGACGAGGCCGCGUCACGACCGUCAACCGAGCUCCACGACUACGACCUCGUGCUCGACACGUGGCAAGUGCUCCUGCGACGCAUGGAGUCGUUUCCGGAGCAUGUUGACCUUCAGCGAUGGGGCAUUUGUGCAGGGCGGGCUCUGUAUGUGCGACUUUUGAGCAUCGUCCCCGACGCUACCGCGAGUCUUCAAGGAACGUUUGUGGGUUUUGUCACGGCGCUCAUCAAGGCGGUCGACCGCUACGAUGGCCACCACGGACUUGUCACGAGCUCCUGCGAUGUCCUCGCCGAGCUCUUUGAGCACCAGCGCAAUGUGCUUGUCAGUGUCGUCGGCGACCGCAGUGGUAUCGAAGCCAUCGUCGGUACCAUGCGCUUGAACCGCGAGAACCUCGAGGUCUGCCGCGCCGGCGCCCAAGUCCUCAUCCUGUGCUGCUUUGUCGACGUGACUCUGCAACAUGCAGCCAAGCAAGAGGGCCUCUUACCGCUGUGCCAAACGACGCUCGCCAACGCAGUGCUAGAGGAGAACACGCCGGUCUUCGACCUUGUCACGUGCCUCGAGCUCAUGAUGCAGAACUGUGGCCUUCUCUCAAGCGCCAAUGCGACGCUGUCGCGCAUGACGUACCCGGACGGCGCAGUCGCGACGAUCGUGUGCACGGACGCCGUCGCCAACCGUGUGGGCGGGAAGCGGCGCGAGGUGGCCGCCAUGACCAUUACGCGCUUCUUCCGUCACAUCGUCUCGCUCCAGCGCAUGGGCUCUGGGCCCAUGAGCCUCCUUGCGGUCCUCCACGCUGUCGUUGCCCGCGACGAGGUCAAUGAGUUUGUCCCAAACGAUCGGAAAUAG